UGUCGGGGCGUAAUGACCUUUUGUCUCCCGGCGGUCAGGUACGGAGAGAGGAGCGGAGCGGAGAGGGGGGCGGAGAUACGGGAGGAGCAGCCUCAUAUCGGACUGGUCCCGGCGUCCCGGACAACAAAUGGCCGUGAACCGACAGAGAGGGAGAGUAGUGUGAUCCUGCUCUUUUCUUUUUUUCCUUUUUUUCUCUCUCCCUCCCACAUCCAGAGCUUUCUCCAUGCCCACAUAGCAGGUUCGAGGAGGGCAAGAAGCGCUCUUUAUCCUCUCCUCUCAGCAGCCUACAUUUCAUCCGUCUGCCACAAGAAUGGGAGAGUCCUGUUGACACCACGGAGAGAUACACGCUGAGACCGACUAUGGCUGUGGACGCGGCAUCCAGCUUUAGUUUUUGCCGUGCCUCCCUGGAGCACACGGUGUCUGCUGAGGAGCUGAGCUACCAGCUGCCGCGUCGCGCCGGAGGCAGCAACCUGACCUGGCAUGAUGGUCGCGGCCAGAAGACAGCGCACACUCGCACUGUCAAGCUAUUGCAGCAGCCCGGCACUGAGGGCAUCCAGCUGCGUCCAGGUGAAGCCUUCACUGUGUAUCACACCAGUCCUACGCUGUCCAGCCUGUCUAAACCUGUGGUGCUGUGGACUCAGCAGGAUGUCUGCAAGUGGCUUAAGAAACACUGUCCUCACAACUACCUGACCUAUGUAGAGGCCUUCUCCCAUCACGCCAUUACAGGACGUGCUUUGCUGCGUUUGAACGGGGAGAAGCUGGAGAGGAUGGGAAUCGUCCAGGAGACGCUGAGGCAGGAGGUCCUCCAACAGGUCCUCCAGCUGCAGGUCAGAGAAGAGGUUCGCAACCUGCAGCUCCUUAGUAGAACCUCCUUUGGAAAUUUCUCUUAGCUCAUCCCUGCAUCCAUUUGGCAGCCUUUUCCCUCAUCCCCUGUCACAAUACGUCUCUAGGAGCCAUGGAAGAGCUGCUGUCUUCAGAUAUGCGAGCAGAGAAUCAACAAGUAAAAGGCGAGAGGACGAGCCUAUAGACUACAUGCCAACUGGUCUGGAGGAUUCUCAUUUAACACGGCCAAUCUGGUUUACAGACACUGAGACGGAGACAAAGCCCCACUUGAGGCAGGGGAAUCCACUAUAAAAUGACGAUAAGAUGAAAGAUUCUCAAUCGUAGUGAUGAUUUAGGCCUGACACUGGUACACAUUCAAUCAUAGCAAAUGCUUUCUUGUCUCAUUCCGACUGGACUAAUUGGGCGACUUCAGGAGAAGAUUUUCAGCAAGAUUCACAGUUUUCCACUUUCUUCAAGAAAAUAUUUUAUAUCAAAGAAAAACCCAGUGAGACUGGAAAAGUGGGCAAUCCCUUGAAUUUAAGAGUAGCAUAAAUUUGCUUGAAACGCUACUAUUUAGACAAUGUAUCUCCAUUUCAAUUUGAAGCAUCAAUCCUGAGCCUGUUCAAAAGGAAUUGGAGCUGGUCUUAAAUGCAUUUGACUCCCAUCAAUAUAAUCAAUUCCUCACCCACAUGUCACAUUGCAUUUUUGUCUCAGGACUUUAGUUUUAGGAUUUGUAGACUUGGAGGAUCAACAAUAACACUUUAAGCUGAAUGUCAUUCCCACAAUAAAAACUUUUUGUAUUGUGACUUAUCUGCAGUAUUUCAGUGAGAAAUUAGAAAUAUAUAUAUAUAUGCAGUAUGAGCGUUGUAGAGUAACAUACACUUUAAUCUGUGUAUACUGUAACAGUACUUUAGUAUUUUAUUAAUGGAAGGGGCUCAGAGAGUUAAUGUGAUAAUUACUGACUGUUUAUGCUUGAUAAAGCAAUAAUUUAAAUGUUGAUAGGUGAAGAGAUUAAAGCAACAUCUGGUAUGAAUAUUAAGAAAUCUUCUCUAGGGAGACGGGACGCACACUGUAAGUUUCUGCUGAUGGAAGGAUACAUUUUGCGCAUUACAGUGGCAGUAUUUCCCAGCCUUGUAGUGUCUGUUUUUUGUGUGUGCUGCUGUCUACUGUAUGUCGUCUCUCACACACAGAUGCACAGAGAAAGCACAAGUCUCUGUUGAAUUCUGUCCUGUUUCUUUCCUUUAAGCGGCGCCGUAUUUCCAGAUACUCAGAAAUCAAGAUACUCUGACAGCUACCCAGAUGCAAGACUCUCACUGUGACUCAAGCCAGCACCUUUGAUGUCAUUCGAGGCAGCAGCAGACACCGAUAUGUGACGAUGAGGCUUAAAUCACAUGAAUAAACAAUUUAAAUAAAGAAAUAAACUUCCAACAAACAAAACUUCCCCAUCCAAAACCCUUCCAUCUGUCCCUUAACAAGCUGUCUGUUGAUAAUGUGAGUUAUUGACUGUUAAAAGGCAGAAAACACGCUGUAUUAUUUUUAGAUUACCUGAUGUACUGUAAAUAUUGACACUUUCGGUUUACUCUCACUGAUGAUUGAUGAACUGUUUGAAAUGCAAAAAAGGAAAAAUACUCUUCUGCCUUGCAGAUAUCUAGGCAUAUGGUAUGACACAUGAUGAAAGCUGUCUUUUUUGAAUAAACUAAUUGAGAUGAA